GACGAAGUUUGAUGUGAUAUGAGCGGAGAUGAAGUGGCGUGACAUGAAUCCGCUUGAGUGGCGGGAGUUUAUUAAUCACGAGGUCUGUGUGACGGCUUGCGAUGAGCAGCGCUUUGAAGGAUCCCUGUUCACCGUUGAUCCCGUUUCUGCCAGUGUGGUGCUGGUGUCCUUCCAGGAGACCGGUCGGGCGUCAGUCAGGGUGAUUCUGGGUCACGCGGUGAGAGAGGUUCAGAUCCUCCGGAGUGGAUCAGAGGAGACUGAGAGUCGGAUGAAGGGUCUGAUCUUGCCAGACACGACACCGUCUCUCUGCCCGGAGGAGCUUCAGUCACGCAGAGAGAAUCUGCGCCUGUGGCUGGAGAGAAACCGGUUCCCGGUCACUGAAGACGGACAGGAUCUGCGCGUGGCCAGUGUGUUGACCAUCAGCGCCCCCUACCGACCUGAAGACUGCAGCUGCACCAAUGAGAUCAUACUGGCCAGAGUUCAGAGGCUCCUGCAGAACCAACCGUACGGACCGACAAUAACAGAUGACAGAUCUCGAGACUAACGGAUGUAUAGAAUCUCUAUUAUACAAACUCAUCACAUCUACAUCUCGAGACGGUUGAAUAGAUGAUGACGUCUGAUUCAUGUUAGCGUAAGAGACGUUAACGUAAGCACAUCAUGCAGACAUGUGUGAAGAAGUACUGGCCUCCUCUACCAUUUCUGAUGUACAGACUCUUGGUCUUAUGACAUUGCAAAUUAGAAAUACUGUUUGUAAUCUUUAUAAUAAAAGUUAAAAGCUUGAAAAUAAA